AUGACGUUACGCGUGUGGGCACUCUGGGGCCGCACGAGGAACUUUGGCAUCUUCCUCUCCAUCCUCAGCGUCGCAACCAUUGCGGGAGGCGGGGUCGCAUUUUUCAAGUUCCACAGCUCUCAGUCGUUCAUUGCCAUGGACGAUAUAAAUCCCGUCAUUCCCGGGAUACAACGUGCUCUGCACUCUAUCCUCUCAGCGCGCAUCCUUCUCCGCUUGCGCCAAGAAUCCGAACGAACGAGGAACGUACCCGACGCACCGACGGAAAUCGGUCCCGUAGGGCAACUGGUCUUCGCCCAGUCGCAAACAUCGCAUGCCGAGGAAAGCACAGGGAUCUCUACGGAGCCUCAAGCUAGUCACCCGAGAGGUAGACCUUGGGACCUGGACGAUGGGUCGUGGUUUGGGAAUGGAACAGUCUCCAAGGCGGACGGAGAGACGGACUAUGCAUGA